AGUAUCCUCCCACCGGGUUAUAUUGCAGAGAUUUUCCCUUCUUCUGCUCCGUUCUUUUCCUUUCUGGUUGUUGUUCUACAAGAACCCAAAAGUAAGCAUAAAUUGAGUGCUUUGUCAGCCGUUUCUUCUCCCCGGGUUUCCACUGCCGGUGCCUGGCCUGGAAUGUCCCGCCGUCCUUCGACGAUCAAGCUAACUUAUUUGGUUGAUUGUGUACGAGUGUUUUACUUAUACGGAGAAUACUCGUUGGAGUCGAUUCGUUGUUACGAGUUCCGAUUUCUUGAUUUAUCGAUAUCGAUAACCCUGUAGCUGCUGCUGCCGAUAGUUCGGAAUUGGCGUCGCGUCGCGAAUUGCCCGCGUUCGACUCGAACGUCACGAAUUAAAAUCCAUCCCGGCAGAGCUUAACAAGGGCAAGCGAGUGAAAGAGACAAGAUGGCGCCUCGACGUCGUGUAGUAUCGGAUUCCGAGUCCGAGUCUGAUGAACCUGUAGCUCCUUCGGUCCCUUCCGACGAUGCGCUCGAAAAGGCCCUACGCGAUACUGUCGCGAAGGUUUACAAAUCGGGCAAUAUGGAGGAAUUAACGGUUAAGCGGGUGCGCGUCGCUGCGGAGAAAGCCCUCGGGGUUGAUGAGGGCUUUUUUAAAGGGAGCAGCACUUGGAAGUCAAAGAGUGAUCAGAUCAUUAAGGAUGAAGUGGAGGUACAAGAUAAGCGGGCGCAAGAACCGGAAUCGGAUGAAGAGCCAGAGCCUGCUCCUCCCGCGAAGAAGGCUUCUUCUGCUAAAAGGACAAAACUCGACAACGUUGAGACAUCGCGGAAGCGACGGAAAACGAGUACACCAGAACCGGAAGACGAGAGUGAAGCCAGUGCCUCGCUUGACGAUGCGAGUGAGGAGGAAGUGAAAAAGCCCGCUAAAAAACAAUCAAAACCUACCCUCGGGAAGAGUUCCAAACCGAAGCCUUCGAAAGAACAAGUGUCGGAUGACUCGGAGGAUAUAGAGGACCAAAAGGAUGAUGUCCCACCAUCGGAAGAGGUUGAGGAACCAAAGAAUGACCGCGGAGAGGACUCGGAGAGUGAGAUGUCAGUGGUUAUCGACGAAGAGCCUAAGCCGACCCGAAAGCGACAGAAAAGCGCCGGCACCGAGGGAUCAACACAGAAAGGAAAGAAGAAGACGACCACAUCUAAAGGGAAGGACGCGGAUCUUGACCCAGACCAAAAGAAGAUAAAGGAGUUGCAAGAUUUGCUGGUCAAAUGCGGCAUCAGGAAACUGUGGUGGCGACUGCUGGCUCCAUAUGAGACAUCGAAAGAGAAGAUCGGGCACCUUGAGGGAAUGCUCAGGGAGGCAGGGAUGACCGGGCCAUUGAAGGGAAAGGAAGCAGAAAGGAAAGCCUUGAAAAUCAGAGAAAGGCGCGAGCUUCAAGCCGACGUCGUCUCGUGUCAAGAGGAGGUAAAGCUAUACGGUAAAGACGGUGCCGACGAAGAGAGCGACAACGGACGGCCAGGGCGGCGUUUAAACCGGGGCCGCAAACACCUUGCCUUCCUAGAAGAUGACGGCGAGGAGACGGAUUGAUGGUGGUGGAGCAUAUUUAGCAGCUUCUGCCUGGAGCAGUUGACUGCCGUGUAAUACUUUUCCGAGUUCUUGCUGUAUUAAUGCCUUCAUGGAAUAAAGAGUACCAUCCACGAUGAUGAUCAUUGCGA